AUACAAUCGGAAUCGUGACGUCGACAUCCCUAGGAAAAAAACAUGGUGGUGGUUAUGUCACAAUUUUAAGAGGAUAUUUUGAUUUAUUAUGAAUUAAUAGAGUGGCCAACGAAAAAUGGCGACUCUAGUACGUACGACCUUUGUAAAAGUCUUGACACCAGCUCAAGGGGGUAAAAUAGCAGCAUGCGGCUUUGUACAGCACCGGAGCAUAAUGGGCAAAGCCCUGCGGGAGUCUCUGCCCCCUCCGCCACCUAAACCUGCACCAUUCGAUUACGUGAACAAGGAUUAUACAUGGUUAAGGAGUCUGAUGGACCGUACAACUCAUAGAAUGGAUGAGAACUCUAAAGUAGUGGUAGUCGAGGGUACAGUUGCGUCUAAGAAGACUGCCUUUGCGAAAUGUCUAGCCGAGGAUCUUGGUAUGAAGCAUUUCCCAGAAGCAAAUAUGGACCUUCACUACAUAAGGCCCAAUGGUGUUGAUCUUCGUUCCUUCGACUGUCAAAUACCCGAAGAUGCUAGAACAUUUGAUCAUGUUAACUUCAAUCGCAACCCUACACAUCGUCAUGCUGGUAAUUUCCAGAUAAUGAUGUAUAUUGCGAGAUAUUCGCAGUACAUUGAUGCAUUGGCCCAUUUGUUCAACACUGGGCAGGGUGUUGUAUUGGAGAGAUCACCUUACUCUGACUUUGUCUUCCUGGAGGCAAUGUACAACCAGAAGUACAUCAGCAAAGGAGUUCGCUCUGUCUACUAUGAACUGAGGGGCAGCACUAUUGAAGAACUUAUGAGACCUCAUCUGGUUAUUUAUCUUGAUGUUCCAGUACCUAAGGUGAUGGAAGCAAUCAAAUGCCGUAAUUUAGAUCAUGAGGUGAAUGGUAAAGCAAUGACUGCACCCUACCUGACUGAGGUGGAGCGUCAGUACAAGACAAAGUAUCUCCGUGAUAUCUCGACUCACGCUGAACUGCUGGUGUACGAUUGGACUGGAGGUGGUGAGGUUGAAGUGGUGGUAGAAGAUAUAGAGCGUUUGAACUUCGACAAGUAUACGGAGCGCGAGGAGCCCAAGAUGAAGGACUGGCGUCUUCCGCGCGAGGUGGAGUGGGCAGACCAGAGGAUGCUGUACACCAACCAAAAGGACUACCUCAUGAAUCUGCUGGCUAUACCCCGAUUAGAUGUGCCGGAGCUGAUCACCAGUGCUGAUGAUUCUUAUGAAAGAGAAAAGGUAAUCUACGGACAUCCCGACUUCCAUUAUUUAUAUGGAUACAACAGUAAGGAUGGUCCUGUGCUAACUAAGAACAAAGUGCCCAAAUACUACGAAUAUGUUUAGAAAAACAGCAUAGCCAAUUAGAUUGUUGAAACUGAGAAUUAUUUAAUAAAAACCUUUUAAAUGCGUAACAAA